AUGCCCCCCCGCUGGCUCCGCCUCCUCUCGAAACCCUACGUCUUUCUCCCCGCCGGCUUCCUCAUCAUCAACGUCGCCGUCAGCAUCUUCCCCGACCCGCCCGCCGUCCGAGAAGCGAACGAGCGGAAAUGGGCGCAGGCGCAGCAGCGGCGCGAAGAAGCGUACGAGCGCGCCGUGAUGGAGCAGAUCGAGCGGGCGAACCCGGGCGCGUUCGACCGAAACUGGGACCCGGAUCGGGACCGGGAUUAG